AUGUACUGGUGCCUAUUCGAAUGUACUGGUGCCUACUUAUCUUUUUCAUCAAUGAAACUUCUAUUUCUCCUCUGGGCGCUUCUCGUGGCGGCCAGCCACCGGGACAUUUCUUCCACGCAAGAAAUCCUCGAGAAACCGUACACUUUCAUCUAUUUCCAUGCCGACGACUGCCAAUUCUGUCAAGCCUUCAAUCCAGAUUUCGAAUACUUGGCAUCGCUCUAUAAUGCAAGCAAAAACCUCCAAAUGGUCAGGAUCGACGGCAGAAAACACAAAGAUCUCGUCCAGCUUUUUGGUGUCACGUCGUUUCCGACACUAAAACUCUACGAUGCGAAGGAGAAGCAGAUUAUCUCGUACAAUAAUCCAAGACUGAAGGAAAACAUUCGGCGCUUCAUCGAGGAGCAUUCUGAUGCAGUUGCAACCGAAACAAAUCUCGAACAGAACGUCCAGGUGGUGGAGUCUUUGGCAGACAUUGAUACGAGCUCGAAACCUGUUCUCUUGGCGUUUGUUUCAAGACGCAGUUUGGACUGGAAAGACUACUUCUACCCCAAUCACUUUUAUCAGCGGGUGGCUCGAGAAUUCCCUCAGGUGGAUUUCAAGCUCGUGUUCUAUGAGAGCGCAGGACCUGAGGUUAUGCAAAAGUACCAUGUGAGCAACAUUCCAUCUCUUGUUUUCCUAGACACAAACUACAUCAAGGUGUUCAACUCGUAUUCCACCAAUCAGUUGGUGAACCAUGUGAUUUCUGAAGACGCUUUGCGGCACUUUAUGUUGCAUGUUCGCGAGGAGGAGCAGGGGAAAUCCUUUGCUACUGAGGCCGACUUGGGCGCCUUUGUAGCGGCGAUGGACUUUGAAGGGCACAUGCAAAGAAAAGGUGGAAUGAAUGUGAUUGACAGCAGGACUAGAGGAGACAUGACGCUUGAGGAGGAGUAUUCGGCUCUUCUUGGGAGCAUAGGACUUUAA